UAAUGACGAUGUUGCGAUGACAUAAUAAUUUGUUAUUCUGUAUGGUUUCUUUGCGUGAAUUCGCCAAGAAGGAAUACUCUUCGAUUGAUCGACUUUUUAAAGAAUUUGAGAUAUCUUCAAAUUCUUAGAUACUGUUUAGUCAGCAUUUUUUUCAGCCAGUCAAACAUCACUGACAGUCUGAGUCUAGCUGGCACGACCGUAGACAUCACAUUCACAAUCACAGUACACGAAAUGGCUGUUCAGUUGCCCAGCCAUAAUCCCAAUCAUCAAAUUCAAGGCGAAACCAAUUUCACCGUCAGUGACAACGAAAGUGCAGAUCAGUUUACUUGCUCUAUUUGUCUGGAAAUAUUUCUUGAUCCAGUCAAAAUUACUUGUGGUAAUGACCAUGUAUAUUGUGCUGGAUGUUUACAAAGCUAUCAGAAUCUAGCAGAACCUCAAUGUCCUCAGUGUAGAAACAUAUUUAAUCCUAGUCUUUCACGCAAAGCAUCAGAUAUACAUAGGAAGCUAAAAAGUAAAAAAGCUGAUUGCAAAUGGUGUCAGAAAAAAAUGACACUGAAUAAAAUUCGAGAGCAUUUGGGUGUGUGUGAUAGAGUUGACAGAUCUAUACCUCAAUUUAAGCCAGUUAGAGAAACCUCACAGCCUAUUCCAAGCAAUGUUCCAAACAGAGCCACAUUUAAAUGUCCGUAUUGUGGUCAGCCUAACCUAGAUGUUCCAGGAAUGGUCAAACAUUGUAAUGAUAAUCACAGACAGAGUGCCCCACAAGUUGUGUGUCCUAUAUGUGCCUCGAUGCCGUGGGGUGAUGCUAACCAUACCAGUACUAAUUUUAUACAGCAUCUUAAUCUAAGACAUCGAUUUGAAUAUGAUACUUAUGUGGAUUAUAAUCAAGAUGAUGAUGCUAUGCUACAAGCUGCAUUACAGGCUUCCAUGGCAACACAAUAAUUAACUUUGAUUUCAUAUAUCUUAAGCAAGAUCUUUAUUUAUUAAACACUGUGAUAUAACUAUUAAUGUCUUUAGUGAAAUGCUUGUUAGAAUGUUAUACAAUGAUGUGCCAUAGUUUUGAUGGCUUCAAUACAUGUAUAGAUAGAUAUAUAUGACUUUUAUGGCCACCGAUCACCAUUUGCAUCUUUAGGAAAAUGUUAAUUUUUCCCAGCUUAUUCCAUGCUUAAAUUUAAGGAAAUUGAUUGUUUAAAGAUUAUUGAAGAAAACAAAUAUAGAUAAUCUCCUGGUUUGGAUUCAAUUGGAUUAAAAGGUGGUGCUGGCUUGUUUAUAUCGUCUGCAAACAAUGCUGAAUGACUAAAUUUAUAAUACCCUUGUAAAUACUGAAUAGAGUUGAACCAUUUUACGACUGAUAUUUCUUAUAGAGAUUCAAUUUUCACGAUUUGUACUACUUGUAGCGAAAUCCACCAACCGUGAAACAACUUACCCGUCAGUCAAUUUCUUUGCUAUAAAAUUAAAAUUUUAUGUGUAAAAUUUGGCGGAAAAAGUAUAUGGUUUAUAAAUUGAAAUAAAAAAUUGUGUAAAUGUGUCAAAUCUGAGGUAAAGAAAGUAUAUAAAAAUUUUGACGUGGAAGCUAUGAGUGAUUACAUCCAUUAUAGCAGAUGCCAGUAUGACAUAGUGAAACCCAUAUUUAUGGCAGGGAGCCACAGUGGCUCAGUGAAAAGGCACUGGUUCGCUAGACUGGAGGACGUGGGUUUUCGCUCCCGAUGUGGGCUGAGAAAGUUCAUCAAGAUUUUCCGGCGUUGUUUCCCCUUGUUAUUGGUGCGGGACGGAGGGCCUGAAAGGACAGCUGUCUGGUGGUCUGGAUGGAAUGGAAAACAGAUGGCCUGUGCACACAUUGGCAUGUGCAUAAUGAUCCCUUGACAGUUGGAAUUCUGUAUAUGAGUAAGCCUCGGUGCCGCUGUCUGAUCAAAAUUUUCUUCGUAGCACACUGUAUGGCGUAUGUCCAUCUUCAUUAGCCCAGUUGGAGCAGAACAAUAGGACGUUAAACUCCAUUUCAUUUAAUUUAUUUAUGAUAUAGGAGACUGACUAUGGCACAGGUGAAGCAUUGUUUAAUAAUUGUAAUAUGUAGAGUAGAGUAAAGUAGAGCACUCAAUUGUUCAUGUAUGAUAAAUUGGGGUAAAUUUUGAUACUCAGAUUACAUCUAGGGCCUUAUUUAUGAAAAUUUAAACUAAACUAUUUCAAGGAUGCAGCCUUAUCAUUGCUUGAACAUGCUAUAACAGAUUUUUACUCUCAGUCAGCGAAAAGCCAGGCCCCGAGUCCACAAAACAUUCUCAGAUUUAAGUUAAGAAUUUACUCAACUUUCAAUCACUGUUUAUGAGAAAUAUCUUUGAUCCAGAAACACAAAACUUUGCAGUGCACAUAGUUUCUUAUUGAUGUAUUUGAUAUAUUAAAACAACAAAAGUUUUAUAGAUGAUUCAAUCUGAUUAAAACACAGAACCUAUAUCGUUUAGUUUUUUAUAGUUCAAAAUUUCAUUUUACUUGUCUUUACUACACUAGGUUCAAGGAGUGUUGUUAUAUAACUCGCAUUCUGGAUGAUGUGAGGGAUUAGCCAAAGAAAAGGUCUGUUACGGGGAGUUUUUGGCGUGAGGUGCACGGAACUGUGGGUUACCCACUAGAAACAUCAACCCUCUUCGUUAAUCAAACGUCUGACAUCAUAGGGUCAAAAGUCACUCAUAUGACCUCUGACGCAACUAUCCACUAUAACCGGGCAGAUCUUCAUAUAGUGGAGGCUUUCAAAGGUAUAAAAAAAAAAUUGAAACGAAAUAUAGAUCUGUAUUUUAAUCAGAUUGGUUAAAAUAAGGCGAAUGAUUUUGAGUAAAUUCUUAAGUUAAGUUUGAGAAUGCUUUGUUAACUCGGGGCCAGCAUUCUUAAAUUAGCUUAGUUUAAGUUUUCAUGAAUAAAUCCCUAGAUGAUUGAUUACAGCUGAUUCCGAUUACUUAUUUGAUUUAUUGUUUUGUAUAUUGCUUUCUGUCCAUAUUGUAUAAUGUUAUAUGUAUUUGUUCAGUUUGGUUGAAGUUUCUGCUGAAGAUUGAUAUUGUUCUCUUUAUGACCUAGUACUGUUUCCAUGGUGAUAUUGUUCUCUUUAUGACCUAGUAUUGUUUCCAUGGUGAUAUUGUUCUCUUUAUGACCAUAUAAUUAGUUAUAUGACCUAAUAUUGUUUACAAUAUCACCAUGGAAACAAUACUAGGUGUGUUGAAAUACUUGAGACCAAUUUUUGAGAAUUACCCGGUUCAGACUAAUUAUGCAAGUUGAUUAAAGUUUGAAUUACUUCUAUGUCCACUUCUCUAGGUACCGAUAGACUUGAUUAUCCUUGUCUUAACAUUAUCCCUAGAAUUCACGAUUGUCAACCCUUUUAAGAACUGGUGGUCAGGAGGCAUAUAACAUCUACCCCAUGUAGGUACUCUCCAUAUUUCUGCUGCAAAUUCAUGCAAACAAAACAGAAUAAUCAUUCUCAAGCUAGAUCUUGUUUUGGAGGAAAAAGUUAAAAAUGUUUGAAUUUGUCUACAAAUGUGUUCAUGAGAUCUGUGUUUUUGUUUUAUUUCGAACGACUGGCUAAAUGCAUAGAGGUUGGUCCCCGAAAUUUUAUUUUUUUUAUAUUAUUAUUUCAAAACUUUAAAAGCCAUGGUUUGGGAUCAUUGUGUGAUUCAAACGUUAAUGACCAUUUUCAGCUUACACUUACUAUAGUGUAUGUGUAAAUAUAAGCUUUAGUUGGAGUGGGGGUGGAAGGCCGAAUGGUUAGCGUGUGCACGUUGUAUCAUAAAGUCUGUCAUUGAGUAAACUGGCGUAGGGCCGCCUGUCUAACCUCGUGGGUUUUCCCCGGGUCCUCCGGUUUACUCCCAUUGCUAAAGACCCCUUCGCACAAGCGAAUUAUUAAAAUAAAAUAGAACCAUAUGUUAGUCCCGAAAUGACCUGGUUUGUGUUGAGUGGACGUUAGACCCAUAUUAGCUUUAGUGAUGAUUUUUUACAGGACAAAGUCCUAAUCGUCGUCUGGAUAAUUUUAUUUUUUUACAUUUCUUUUGUCUCAUGUUAUCAUCAUCGUAGUGAAAACAAUUGAUUAAAUUAAUUAUAUGAUUUAUUAACAAUGAUUAAUGAGCUUCUAAUGCUCAUUACCAUUUCUUCGGGAUUAUGGUGGUAAUAAGAUCUGUUUGAUUCAAAAGACUAAUUCAGAGUAGGUUACACUGAGAACUAGAUGAGAGGAGAGGGGGCGGGGGCUACAAAACAUUCCAAAAGAUGGUAUGCAAACUACUAAUUGAGGCUGGUCCCCCCCCCAUUCUAAUCCUAUUGUAACAAUAGAAUGGGGCACAGUGAUCUGCUCCCACUGAGAUUUUGUAUCGUGUGUGAUGGUCACACCCCAACUGACACUGGCAAAAUUUGAAACAGGAAAGCUACCUACAAGAUGGUUCCCAUAGAAAGACCAACUGAAAUGUAUAAUUUAAGUAUUUAAGACCUGUUAGAGUCAGAAAUGGUCUAACAUGCAUUUAUAAUUAUUAAUAAUUUUGUAUACAUAUUAUAUAUCAUUCAUUAGACUUUGUAAACAAGUAUAUAUUUUCCCCAAGAAAUGGGAAGCAGAACUAUAACAGCUGUUUCCAAGAACUAAUAUUUAUAAUUAUAAUAGAAUAUCCAUGUACUGAUUAGAGCAAAGCACUUUGCAGAAACAUAGUGUAUGUUAAACUUAAACUGUUUUUAUACGCUCACAUUUAUAUGUUUUUUUUCUUUCAAUUGAAGAUAGAUAUAUUCAAGCUCCAUGAACCAGUCAGUUUCCCACCCAUCUGAUUGAUGCCAAGAUGUAAUUAUUUCUGUUGAUCAUGUUCUUUUUCCAGGAAAUACUCCAAAUCAAGCUUGUUGUGGGUGGAGUUUUGCAAAUUUUUCUGGCAGAAACUCCCUCUGCACAUUCAAAAUCUUUGCCCUGCCAUUGUUUAGAAUACAAAAAUUAUCUUGAAGAAUUGAGACACACACAAAUAGUUAAGUAUUUGUUAAUUUUGUUUUGUGAAAGUAUAAUAUAGUUAAUGUAUAUAAUAUGUACCAGCAGUACUCUAUAAGUGUAACUUUAUUAAUAAAUGCAACAAAUACUGUAAUGGUAUAUUGAUAUAAUAUAUAGAAUGUGAAAAUGCUUUUGUAUGUUUUACACAAAAUAGACCAGAUAAACAGAUUUUUAUUUAUCGAGUUGUAAAAAAUGUGAAAUAAAUAGCAUUGAAAACA